CGCCCGCAGAUGCUCACUGUUCUCGGCUUGAAUUUACCCAUGGCGCGGAGGAAUGGCGAAACAUGGACGUCUCGGACUGACACGACGGAGGACGAGAAGAGAUUCGGAAUGGGAGUAUAAACCCCCCGCCGCUGCCCUCGCACAUAAGGCGGUCCUCUGGAUGUGACUGAGGAGGGACGUUCCAGUAAUCUUCGUACCCGGACGAGAGGACGACAAGGGGGCCCUCAAAUCACGCUGACGUCGCUGGGAGUGGAGCUCGCCAGGGCUGAUGUGAGAGGCCAUGGGCAGCCAGGGCAGCCCGGUGAAAAGCUACGACUACCUGCUCAAGUUCCUGCUGGUGGGCGACAGCGACGUGGGCAAGGGCGAGAUCCUGGACAGCCUGCAAGACGGCUCGGCCGAGUCGCCCUACGCGUACAGCAGCGGCAUUGACUAUAAGACCACUACAAUUCUUCUGGAUGGCAGGAGAGUUAAGCUGGAGCUUUGGGACACGUCAGGACAAGGGCGCUUCUGCACUAUUUUCCGCUCGUAUUCCCGCGGCGCACAGGGCAUCCUGCUAGUUUACGACAUCACCAACCGCUGGUCCUUCGACGGCAUCGACAGGUGGAUCAGAGAGAUCGACGAGCACGCGCCCGGCGUGCCCCGUAUCCUGGUGGGCAACCGCCUGCACUUGGCCUUCAAGCGGCAGGUGCCCACAGAGCAAGCGCGGGCCUACGCGGAGAAGAACGGCAUGACCUUCUUCGAGGUGAGCCCGUUAUGCAACUUCAACGUCAUCGAGUCCUUCACGGAGCUGUCGCGCAUCGUGCUGAUGCGACAUGGCAUGGAGAAGUUCUGGAAGCCCAACCGAGUCUUCAGUCUGCAGGACCUGUGCUGCCGGGCCAUCGUGUCGUGCACGCCGGUCCACCUGAUCGACAAGCUGCCGCUCCCCGUGGCCAUCAAGUCGCACCUCAAGUCCUUCUCCAUGGCCAACGGGAUGAACGCCGUCAUGAUGCACGGACGCUCGUACUCGCUGGCCAACCCAGCCGGCGGCUCCAAGGGAAAUAGCCUGAAGCGCUCCAAGUCCAUUCGGCCCCCACAGAGCCCCCCACAGAACUGCACGCGCAGCAACUGCAAGAUCUCCUAACUGCCUAACUUUCCCGGCGCCGUCGUUUCCGAGCGUCCUGCUGCUGCUACACGUCACGUGAGACACAAACGAGGAAUUUUCUCCACUUGUACAGACACAGACACUCUUUCGGUGUCUCCGAAUUUUCCUCUUUUUGCGACAAGUUCUUACGCUUUUUUUAAAUGGCCUCACACACAAGCACAUUUGCUCGAGAUCUUUGGACUGCAGUCUUACACUCUUCACAUACAAGCACUUUGCACUCCGAUACAGUCUUUACGCUCACAUGCACAAAAGUACUCGGUUCCUACACACACUCCAUGCACUUGUCACACACUUGGGUACUUACUUUUUACACAUUCAUUCACUCCAAACACGCUCACGCUGAUUCUAUUCCUAAUUAAUCGGUCGGCUGAUGUCAAGCCUUUUCUAAUUGGGUGGGAAAAAUUGGCUUUUUUUCCAGAUUACAACAAAGACCUCCAAACAAAACAUACUUUUUUAAAAUUAGCUGUUGUAUAGAUUUACAAGUACUUCACGACAAUAUGUUGCAAAACAGUGUUUUGCUUUUAACUAAUUGGCUGUCAUUGACGGUUUUCGACAAUGUAGAGUUGCUUUAAAAAUGAACUGUUUUUACAUUGACCACAUAGUAACUAGGGCAUAUUAACACUUUAAACACUCAAACCAAGCAAACACAUCAACAACCUUCCUACUGUUCAAUUGGUUCUUAAGUUAUUUAAUGAAUUAACUUAUUGGCUGCCAUUGACAGUGAUAGCGUCCAAUCCAUUUGGACUGAGAAUGAUUAUUUAUUGUCAGCCAUCCCUGUCAAUGACGGCCAGUUAGUUAGGAAACCAAGGAUGACUCCAAACGCAGCACAAAUCUUGUCAUGUCGGUCCUCUGUGUGCCAUCCCAUGAUUCAUUGCAUGCUGAAUAAUAGAUGCUCCUCGCUUGGAUCUCCGGAGGAUUUCUCCUCCUCCUCCUUUUUUUCUUCAUCAGUUUGCCGCUACACUUUUAUCUUCCUCCCCACUUGCUCUCUCCGCCAUUUUUUUUGCGCAACAAUUCAGCUCAGUGCACUUCCUCUUUUUUUAACGGUUAAGACACCAUGCUUAUCGCUAGUAUUUUUGCUUUAUUGGGAGGAGGGUCUGUUGAACACAAGGCCUCGGGGCCAGAACCAUUUUUUGCAGUCCACCACAGCAAAUCAAAUGUCUAAUUCUAGUUUCUAACUAAAUGGAAUCUUUUCCUUGUGGUGGAAAUUCUUGGCGGAAAUAAAGUGGGGCAAAUAAGUAUUUGGUCAACCACCAAUUGUGCAAGUUCUCCUAAUUGAAAAGAUUAGAGAGGCCGGUAAUUGUCAACAUGGGUAAACCUCAACCAUGAGAGACAGAAUGUGAAGAAAAAAAAAACAACAGAAAAUCACAUUGUUUUGAUUUUUAAAGAAUUUGUUUUCAAAUUAGAGUGGAAAAUAAGUGUUUGGUCACCUACAAACAUGCAAGAUUUCUGGCUGUCAAAAAGGUCUAACUUCUUCUAACGAGGUUAAAUGAGACUCCACUUGUUACCUGUAUUAAUGGCACCUGUUUUAACUCAUUAUCGGUAUAAAAGACACCUGUCCACAAUCUCAGUCAGUCACACUCCCAACUCCACUAUGGCAAAGACUAAAGAGCUGUCGAAGGACACCAGAGACAAAAUUGUAGACCUGCACCAGGCUGGGAAGACUGAAUAUGCAAUAGGUAAAACGCUUGGCGUAAUGAAAUCAACUGUGGGAGCAUUUAUUAGAAAAUGGAAGACAUACAAGACCACUGAUAAUCUCCCUCGAUCUGGGGCUCCAUGCAAGAUUUCACCCCAUGGCGUCAAAAUGAUAACAAGAACGGUGAGCAAAAAUCCCAGAACCACACAGGGGGACCUAGUGAAUGACCUACAGAGAGCUGGGACCACAGUAACAAAGGCUACUAUCAGUAACACAUUGCGCCGCCAGGGACUCAAAUCCUGCACUGCCAGACGUGUCCCCCUGCUGAAGAAAGUAAACGUCCAUGCCCGUCUGCGGUUCGCCAGAGAGCAUUUGGAUGAUCCAGAAGAAGACUGGGAGAAUAUGCUAUGGUCAGAUGAAACCAGAAUAGAACUUUUUGGUAGAAACACAGGUUCUCGUGUUUGGAAGAGAAAGAAUACUGAAUUGCAUCUGAAGAACACCAUACCCACUGUGAAGCAUGGGGGUGGAAACAUCAUGCUUUGGGGCUGUUUUUCUGCAAAGGGACCAGGACGACUGAUCUGUGUAAAGGAAAGAAUAAAUGGGACCAUGUAUCGAGAGAUUUUGAGUGAAAAUCUCUUUCCAUCAGCAUGGGCAUUGAAGAUGAGACGUGGCUGGGUCUUUCAGCAUGACAAUGAUCCCAAACACACAGCCAGGGCAACAAAGGAGUGGCUUCGUAAGAAGCAUAUUAAGGUCCUGGAGUGGCCUAGCCAGUCUCCAGAUCUAAACCCCAUAGAAAAUCUGUGGAGGGAGUUAAAAGUAUAUGUUGCCCAACGACAGCCUCAAAACAUCACUGCUCUAGAGGAGAUCUGCAUGGAGGAAUGGGCCAAAAUACCAGCAACAGUGUGUGAAAAGCUUGUGAAGAGUUACAGAAAACGUUUGGCCUCAGUUAUUGCCAACAAAGGUACAUAACAAAGUAUUGAGAUGAACUUUUGGUAUUCACCAAAUACUUAUUUUCCACCAUGAUUUGCAAAUAAAUUCUUUAAAAAUGAAACAAUGUGAUUUUCAGUUUUUUUUUUUCCACAUUCCGUCUCUCAUGGUUGAGGUUUACCCGUGUUGACAAUUACAGGCCUCUCUAAUAUUUUCAAGAGGGAGAACUUGCAUAAUUAGUAGUUGACUAAAUACUUAUUUGCCCCACUGUAGCCAUUUCUAAUCCCCCUUUUUAAAUAUAGAUUUUACAAGCUUUUGUUCCUCCAUCAAAAUACACUUCUUAUCAUAAUUUUUUUAAUUACUCUUUUCCGUGACUCAUGAUUUGAAUCUCACAACUUUUUGUGACAGUGAAGCUGACCCAUUGAUGUGCACUAAAAGGUCUCAUCGUGCCUGAGCACAAAAAUGGUUUAUUCCAGUAAAUAACAAAGGAAAAUUUGCCGAUUUGGUAUUAUAGUUAGGGCUCAAACAGUGAAAAGAUACAUCUUUAAACCAAUUUCCCAUCGAAACUAUCAUCUUGUGUCAAAGAGUGUAACUUGAGUUUCGGAACAAAUCUGGUAAAAAUCUGCAAUUUUUUUUUUUUUUUUUUUGUGUCUCUACCCGCAACCGGCUUUGGUGGAGCGGCCUCGGGCUGUAAUCCCGCACUGAGAAUGUUCCUGGCACAAGUGUCAGGCUUGUGGCGGAUUUUCGUGUUUGGAACGACACUCCUGUUGUUGGGAAUGCGUUUCCUUCCUUCCUGCCAGCUCCCACUGCUGCUUUUCCACUCCCUUCUAAAAAAGGGGACACGCACAAGAUGAAAGAAACCACAUAUCUUCAGAUGCUUAACUUAUUGGCUGCCAUUGACGGUGAUAGAUGAACCAGUUCAGCUCUAAAAAUGAACUGGGGUUUUAUUGACCGCACAUGCACGUUACCACUUACAACACUCAAACCUUAUAAGGAAACAACACAUCAACAACCUUCCUACUGUUGGAACUGUAAUCAUGCAAUUUCGUAAAUUAAUUCAAUGGCACUGAAACAAAAUCAAUGCAAUGCCAACCAUCCCAGUUCAAAUGGAUUUGAUUCCAUCACUGUCAAUGGCAGUGAAUGAUUUAUUUAUUUUCUUGAUGUUCUUUCUUUACCUGUGACAUAAAAGAACCACUUUUCAGGUCCUUUUUGUUGCUAUGUAACCCCAAUUUCCUCACUUUUGAUGAAUUGUACGAUAAACUAGAGCAGCAAAUGGAACAAAUGUUUGUGUGCCACUUGAGUUUUUCAAAUGGGACUGCGCGGCGUUGCCAAGAAUUCCAGAAGAGGUUUUCUCGUCUCUGGUGUUGUGCAGAAAAGGAAAGAUGUGUCGUCGUUGCUGACGAAAGGACUAAAGAUGUGUUUUUUUUUUUUUUUUUAAUUGUUAUUUUUUGUGUACGUGUGAAUUUCUUUAGUUGCCAUUCUAAAUUAAUUGAGAAAAGUAUAUACAGGUCCCCUUCAGGGAUGCCCUCCGAGUGGCCGAUUGGCUUUGUAUAAAGGAGUUUGGUUGUUUAAAAGAAAAAUAUUCAAACACUAUUUUUGGGGCUGCUGAAUCUGAAGUGUGAAUGUGUUUGUGUGUAUCUGACAAAUAAGCUGAAACAUUUUUUUUCUUACUUUAAAUUAUUGAUUGUACAGUUUCAAUGCCGCAAGGGUUUGGGGAGAUACUUUUUUCACAAAUAAACAAUUGAAUGUU